AAUCUCAAAAAUGAAACACCCACUAGAUGUCGUUGUACCAACGCUUCAUCAAACGUUAUUUAAACGUACCGGUUAAUUUUUAUUAUCCAUAUCAUUUCCGCACAAAAUAAACCAUGAAACUAGUGCGAUUCUUAAUGAAAUUGAGCCAUGAAACUGUGACGAUGGAGUUAAAAAAUGGUACUCAAGUGCAUGGUACUAUAACGGGGGUGGAUGUUGCAAUGAACACUCAUUUAAAAGCGGUGAAAGUUACGAUGAAGAAUCGAGCACCGAUUAAUUUGGAUACAUUGACUGUACGCGGGAAUAAUAUUCGUUAUUACGUACUCCCUGACAGUUUACCUUUGGAAACUUUGUUAAUUGAUGAUACACCAAAAGCUAAAGCUAAAAAGAAAGAAUCGGCGCGUGGUGCUACUCGUGGUCGUGGUAGAGGAAGCCGAGGGCGUGGUGGACCUAGGGGACGUGGUAGAGGUCGUGCAAGGCGUUAAAAACUAAAUUAAUAAGAUAUUUUAAUUAAGAUAGAUCUUAAGUAUAUUUGAUAUGAAAAUAAAAAAUAACUUCAUAAAAAGUUGUAAUAAUCU